AUGUCUGAUAGAAGAAAACUUCAGAGCUAUGAGCACUUGCCCCAUUACCUCACGGAUCCCAUCUGGGAUGUUUUGACGACUGGGACCCGUGAACGAGCUGUGGGGGCUUUGCUACAACACGCUUGGCAGCUUGGUCUCCGGUGCCCUUCGGAGCAAACCUUUAGCACUUUGCACAACCUGAUGGAGCUAGCCAGGGAGAGGAAGCAACCCACGUCAGCGUUUGAGCGCUACCAAGCUGUGGCCACCCUCAAGUGUCAGUGGAAGAAAUACAAGUCGACUAUGAAGCAGCAGGAUCACCAAUACCAUGAGUACGUGGAGACUUUGCCUAGAGAUACAAAAGACCUUCCUGCCGGAUAUUAUUUGGUAGCAUUUUCUGAGCACGAGCUGGCGCCAUGCCGUAUACCUGUGGAUGAAUUGUUGAUGGCCGUUGGGGCUACGAAAUUACGUUGGUCCAAGAAGAGCGAUGAGAAGCCGUCCAGUGCGUCCAGUGGUGGCAGUGACCUACAGCUCGUCGAAUUAGCCUUCAGGCUUGGGCAGAGUUCUUCUGCUUACCAUCGUCAGGAUAGUGGCGAACUGUCCCAGCCUGCCUUUCCCAGAAGGUCAGAGACACCGGCGCCCUCACCGUUGCCGUUGGAGGAGCCUUCCAUGUUUGAAGGUUUUCUUGUGAUGUUUUGCUGCGCAUGUAUUGAUAUGUGCGCUUAUACAAAUGUAUGUGUCUGUCUAAUUCUUCUGAAUAUAUAUAUAUAUACAUAUAUAUAUGUAUAUAUUUAUAUAUAUAUAGUACGGGUGUAUAUGUAUAUAUCUCUUUGCGUCUAUGCUGGGGGCAAGCAGAGUGGCUGGUAUUUAGGUUUACAGAGACUAUAUCUGAUCAUACCCCCGAAAUUUGUAAAUCUACGUCGAACGCAUAGGAACUGCGCCCUAAUUCUGCAGGACUGUCGGCGUGAUGUCCAGGGGCGUCCUUGCGUGGAGGACCAACUUGCCCCGGAGGUGCAUCCUUGUGUGGAGGAGAACGAUUUGUCUCUGAAUGGUGAUGGAGCUGAGCUUGCCAAUGAUGCCAAGCUUACCAUUGAUGCCGAGCCACCUCCUGCAGUGAGCCCGGAAGAAAAGCUUCAACACGCUUUGAUAAAGCGAGAUGCUUCAAAGCAGGAGGGAAGACUCAUCAAGGCAAAAGCUAAGCCUUGCAUGAAGAGGCCAGCUUCUGAUGCUGGGUCGCUCAAACCACAGGUUGCUCCGAAGAACUCCAGCACCAGCAAGGGAAAGACAAAGUCCUCUUCCUCUCCCAAGCAAGGCUCUCAGAAGGUUGCUUCGUCGAAGCGUUCCACAUUGAAGAGACCAGCCUCAAAGGUUGUACCGAAAAUGACGAGGGAAUGCGUCUACAGUCGUGCGUAUCAUGCUGCGCACCGUACCUCGGAUCACAUUCUUUUUCCCGCUUGUACUUCAGGGGUCUUUCGCCGCUUGUGUAUAUGUGGUGCCUCGCAUUGCUAUAUCUUAUAUACGUCAAGCUUUUGUUUUUUGGCUUGA